GAGAGAAAUGGAUGCUCCAUUUCCAUGGCAGUCAAAUUCAUCCAACGGCCAUGAAAAUCAUCGAAUAAUUUGGAAGCUGAUCUCAAGGAUUCCAGCAAGACCCACGUUGUGGAUCUGGCAAUCAGGCAUGGGCAAGAUAGAGAGAGAAUUCAGAAGAUUCUCCUUGGUUCUGAGGAUAGAACUUAGAAGACGCCAUUACAAAUUGAGGGCUUAGCUUCAAAUGGAGAGAUUUGGGGCCUGUGGGUGGCUGUGCUGAGUCCUCCAUUUUCGCGUUUGAUGCACCGAUUCACCACCACUCGCUCCAAAUCCCUUCGCUUCCCGCUAUGUCUCUCUGUUUUCCCCUUCCAUCGCUGCCUCUCUCUUCUCCUACUUUGACUCUCCUUCGUUCUCUUCCUCUUCCCUCUUCCGCAUAUCACCCUCCCUCCGCUUCCUCUUCCUUUCACCGAUGCGGGGUUGGCGACCGAUUCGCAUUCUUUUCCAUGGCCAGACGGCGCGAUUCUUUCCGCGGAUUAUAUUCCUGUCGCGUUUUUACCGGCGACGGCACGCAGGAAUUCUCCAGUGGAAGUGAAGAGGAGGAUGAUGACGACAACGCUUCUGAUGAGGAGUUUGUGCCUGCCCUCGGAAUUCAGGCACCCGCUGACAUUAAUGGCUCUUCCUCUCGUUUGCCUGACCGAUGGGACGUCUUGGGCCUUGGACAAGCUAUGGUAGAUUUUUCUGGUAUCGUAGAUGAUGAGUUUCUGAAGAAACUGGGAUUAGAAAAGGGUACGAGGAAGGUUGUAAAUCAUGAGGAAAGAGGUAGAGUAUUGCAGGCCAUGGACGGUCGCAGCUAUAAGGCAGCUGCUGGCGGGUCUCUUUCGAACAGUCUGGUGGCCUUGGCAAGGUUGGGUAUUAGACCCAUGAAAGACCCCACUUUCAAUGUAGCUAUGACUGGUAGUGUAGGGAGUGAUCCGUUGGGCAGCUUCUACAGGACAAAACUUAGACGGGCAAAUGUCCAUUUUCUCUGUCCCCCAGUCAAGGAUGGGACAACAGGAACAGUUAUUGUUCUUACAACCCCUGACGCUCAGCGAACAAUGCUUGCAUAUCAGGGUACAUCUUCCACGCUGAAUUAUAGUCCAGCAUUAGCUAGUGUAAUUAGCAAGACGAAUGUACUUGUAGUUGAAGGGUAUUUAUUUGAAUUGCCUGAUACUAUCAAAACAAUUCAAAAAGCAUGUGAAGAAGCACACCGGAGCGGUGCUCUAGUUGCAGUCACAGCUUCAGAUGUCUCUUGCAUUGAAAGGCAUUUUGACGAUUUUUGGGAAAUCGUGGGGAACUAUGCUGAUAUUGUUUUCGCAAACCAUGAAGAAGCUGGAGCUCUGUGUCAUUUUGACUCCAAGGAAAGCUCUAUAUCAGCUGUAAGGUAUCUGAGUCAUUUCGUCCCCCUCGUCUCAGUCACUGAUGGGCACAGAGGUUCUUACAUAGGUGUUAAAGGAGAAGCCGUAUAUAUCCCACCUUCUCCGUGCGUACCUCUCGACACUUGUGGCGCUGGAGAUGCUUAUGCGUCUGGUAUCUUGUACGGUAUCUUGCACGGAGUCUCGGAUUUGAAAGAAAUGGGUACAUUUGCAGCCAAAAUCGCAGCUAGAGUUGUCGGGCAACAAGGAACUCGUUUACGGGUUCAAGAUGCCAUGGAGCUUGCAGAUGCAUUCUCUAGCUUUCAGUCUGAUAUUGGCUCAUCACAUGUAUAGACUGUAGUGUGUGCAACUUGUGGCAAAGCCCAUCUUCUUCUAAAUAAAGUUCUCCUAUCAUAUCAUAUAUCUAAAUAAAACUGGAGAUGUGUUGCUUGUAAGAUCCCUUGUUGCCUCACAUGUUAAUAAAAGUUGUAUACUUUUUUUUUCAAAUCUAAUUA